UUAAACGUAAGGUGGCGGCUUUCUUUGUCGUCGCAUCUAACAAUGGGCAGAACAAACAGUUCUUGUUCGUCUUCAAUUGACAGCAGCAACCACCCAUCUCUCUCUAGCGCAUCCUCUCACCUCCCACAGCUCAACAGAGACCUUAGCACAGAUCUUCGGCUUGGACUUAGCAUCUCAUCCUCUCAACACAACGCCUCCUCUUCUAUUCCAAGUGAGCAAACGUUGGAUUAUCUACAAGUUAAGUCACUUGCAGCAGAAGGAAAUGAGUGCAAUGAUCACACCACCUUCUUUGUCAAGGUUUACAUGGAAGGCAUUCCAAUUGGCAGAAAGCUGGACUUAUUAGCCCACGAUGGUUACGAUGACUUAAUAAGGACUCUUGACCAUAUGUUCAACACUAACAUUCUCUGGGGAGCUGAGGUGGAUGGAGAGCAUCCUGAGAAAUGUCAUGUGUUAACUUAUGAAGAUGAAGAAGGGGAUUUGAUGAUGGUUGGGGAUGUUCCUUGGGAGAUGUUCUUGUCCACUGUAAAGAGAUUGAAGAUCACAAGGGCAGGCCUAUGUUGAAAUUUAGUGCCUUUGAUGCAUCCUACAACUCUCCUUCUUCCCCCGAUUUUGUCUUUCACCAAUGUAAUGAGCAAAGCAUAGUUUUUUUUUUGUUGUUGUUGUUUUGAAAUAUGUUCCUAAGUUGCAUAUGUACAUUCAUACGACAUACAGGCAAUAGUUUUAUCCUCGAUCUGGAUGUAAGAUUUUGUAUUGAGA